ACUGUUUCCAGUUUAAAAGGAUUAGAAGAAGCCAUUAGAGUAGUCUGUUCUUUUGGACCACAUGGCAAGACAACCCAGCGUAGUUGUUGAUUUUGAGGCGGGUCUCUGGAAAGCUAUACGAGAGACAAUAAAUGCAGAGAUGGCCCUCCAACGUUCCUUAAAGCUGCCCUAUAGCGGUAAGCUGUGCUAUAAGCUACCCAGUGGCAAGACAGUAGUUAUCAAACUUGUUGACAAUCUGAGAUCUGCUCAGGAAGAACAUAGCAUAUCAUCUUCCUCGACCCAACAAGGAAAUGAGGAUGAGUCCUCCUCAUGUGAUGAAAUCUGUUGUUCAUCAAUUAAAACAGCGACUUCACAGGAGAACAGCAAAUCUAAUACAGAGACAACUGCAGUGAAAAGUAAUAAAUGCUACAUAUGUGGCAAGAGCUUCUCUACGUCAUCUAGCUUGCGCCGUCAUUCGAAGUUCCACAAAUAUCUUGAGAGAAAGGUCAGAAUUAUUAUUAAUAAAAAUAUCCCAAAAAAAGAGUUAACUUUCAACCCAACUGUAGAUGACCAUCAACGAGAGUUCGAAUGUGGCGAGUGUGGGCGCAAGUUUACCAGAAAGGAGCAUGUGAUGCGACACAUGAUGACACACACCGGAGAGUCGAUGUACACGUGUGAAGUGUGUGGGAAGGGUUAUGGCAGCCAGAAGGCUUUUAAAAAACACAUCAACAUCCACACUGGGGAUGAUAUAGAGGUGGAUGAGGAUGACACAGGGUCCUCAUCUUCCAGUGACUCUUCAGGAGAGGUUGAUAUGGAAGACUGUUAAUUUUUUUCUCUCAUAUCGAAAGUUAUCAAUAAAAAUAAAUAAACAGUCAAUUUUAUACUCAAUAUAAUAAUCUUAAAGGUAUAUAAGCUAUAAUUUGCGUCAAAUUUGAAGUACAGAAAAAUGCAUGUGUUUGUUUACUUAUAUAAGUUACCUUUAUUCUGUAAAUUACAACGGUAAACUCCAUCUUUUUACAAAGAUAGAGAAUUUUAAUAGUUUAUUUUCCUGCCAGGAAAGUAAUGUCUUUUAAUGAAUAUUGAUGAAGGAAGAGAAAAAUUGACCUCAUUGUGCAUGUCCGCAAUAGAUCAGGUGGCCAUUAUUGUUAGUCCAAUUACAUAUCCGUCUUGAUUUGUAAUAUGCUUAACAGUUGUUAAUGAAAUAUGUAUACAUGCAUUUUGAGUUUUAAUUUUCAAUUUGUUUUUAAUUCACGAUACCAUUACUUUUGCAAAUUUUAAUAAGUUAAAGUUUUUGUUGCAGGUCCUGCAUCUAAAUUAUAACUUAUCCUAUCUUUACCAAACUUGCAUGGAUCAUUCAUUUGGACCUACUUAUGGAUUUGAAAGACUAGGAUGUUGAAUUUGGACCAUGAAUUUCAGAUGCUGGAGGAGAUUAAGGUUUUUGGAGCAGGUUAAAGUUCUUAGAGCAGGUGCCAUUUGAUGAUUAAAUCUUAGUUAUAACUGGUCCUAUUUUCACUAAACUUGCAAGGAUGGUGCGUCUUAUGAUACAGAUGCACCUGACAGGCUUGAAUGCUGAAUCUGAGCCAUAGGUUUUGGAUGCUGAAUGAGGUUUAGUUUUUUUGAACAGGUCACAUUUUAAAUAGAUAAUAGUUCUAUUUCAAACUUGCAUUGUUGAUUUAACUAUAAUACAUGUACAAAUGAAUCACAGAGGUAGCUUCCAGAGCCUGAACUCCAUUAUCAAGGAUGCUAAAUAAAACUACCUCACUCAAGCCAGCUUGUUAGAUGUGUUUGUUGUUGAAUGAUAUAACAUGAUCCCUAUGAUAUAAAAUUCUAUAGAAUUCUAUGAUAUGAUACUAACACUAUUGUUUUAUAUGAUACAAUGUUAUAUCUUGUAUAAUAUUGUAAAACAUUUCAUGAUAAUAUAUGAUACUGUAUCAAUUUUUUUGUAUGUUAUGAUAUUGUAUCGUGAUAUUGUUUUUUAUCUCAUACGUGUGGUGUAUAUUACCCGUGUGAUAAACCUUUGCUAUAUCACACGGGUAAUGCUAUAUCAAAUACUUCCGGUCGGAACUACUUUUGACACAGCCCCUCGCUUCAACGCUUCAGUGACCUAUUUUCGAAGAUUUGCUAGUACUUUCAACAUAACUAUAUCAACUACAAAAAGUGAUAUAAAAUGGAUUUUGUCUAAGACUUCAAUUACUUACAAAUAUGAAGGAAAACACAUAACUGCGUAGCAUAGGCGUCGGAACCCGGGCUGUUGGGGGAGGGGGGGUUAGCCCCCACCCAACUCUUUUUACAAAGUUAUACAUAACUGUAACCAAAAGACCUUUUUUUUCUUGUUUGUCAAGAGUUUUGAUAAGUUUAGCCCCAUUCAAACUUUCAAUUUGCUUUGUGUAGUUUAUAAAACUGCAAAUUAUGUUAACUAUCAACGAGUUCAUCCUGACGACGCGAUGGAAACAGUAUAUUAUGAUACAAUUUUGUAUAAUAUGAGAUUGUUCUAUAUAUAAUUGUAUCACACGAUAUUGUUUCAUAUGAUAUUGUAAUAUUUAAGAAAUAAACAACAGACAUGGCAUUAUAUUUGCAUACGUACUGUUCGUUUACUUGUAUAUAUAGUGGAUAUUUUUAAUAACCAAUUAAUGUCAGGAGGUAUGAGUGUAUACAUGAAUAUGUUAAACAACAAAUUAACUUUAGUUACAAUUUAUAUAAGGCAAAAGUCAAGAUUUAAAUUUAAUAAAUGUUCUUGUAUAUGUACAAACUGAUAGUACGAUAUUCUAUAGAUUAUCUGAUGACAUCUUUACUUGACUUUUGUAUUUUGGAGAGUAUUUACAUAGGCUUUGCCUGUUACCCAAUCCAUUUGAUUUCUCAAUAAAAUAUGUUUAUAUUAAAUCUUUGUUACGUUAUUGUUUUAGGCGUUAUAGUUAUACCAGUAAUUGUAAUUACCAGUAUGAAGGUAACUUUUAUAAGAAAUCAAACAUUA